AUGUUGGAUCUUUCUCACAAUAACAUCAAUGGUGAUACACUUCUAUCGAUUUAUAGCCUUUCCUCUGCUAUAUAUAUCAACCUAUCUCAUAAUUCUUUGGUUGGUUCCCUUCUGACAAAAGCUGCUGACCUUAAAGAACUUGAAUGCUUCAACGUCUCUGAGAACAGAUUGUCAGGUGGCAUUUCAGACACAUUUGGCUCGUGUUUAAGUUUGGUGUCUCUCCGCAUGAAAGGAACUCUUUUCAAAGGAGCAAUCCCUCAAGCAUUAGAUGCUUUGAGAGGAUUAGAUGAGCUGGAUCUCUCAUGUAAUAACUUGUCAGGUAUGCUACCAAGUUAUUUUAGGGAACUUCCCUUUCUGCAGAAGUUAAAUCUCUCUUUCAAUGAGCUUGAGGUGCAGUUCCUGAAACUGGCAUAUUCACAAUGCCAGUGCCAUUUCUAUUGUAGGAAACAAAAAGCUAUGUACAGAAUUGAAGCUGCCAACCUGCAAGGAUAUAAGAGAAACAAGUCAAGAAAUAAGUCAGCAGAGAACCUUGCUUCUAAUUCAUUUGACCAUCAAUUGCUAAAAAUUUCUCGUGGGGAGCUUGUUAGAGCAACUGAUGGUUUCUCUGAGGAUAAUCUAAUUGGUAUUGGUGACUAUGGUUCUGUCUAUAAAGGAAUCCUUUGUCAGAAUGAAUCCAUCAUUGCAGUUAAAGUGCUCAAUCAUCAGCAAGCAGGUGCUUCAAAGAGCUUUGUAUCUGAAUACAGAGCCCUUGGAGGCAUCCACCACAGAAAUCUCCUGAGGAAAUUAAGUGUGCUAGUGUGGAUUAUUAAGGUAAUGAUUUUACAGCUAUAAGCUAUGAGUUCAUGCAAAAAGGAAGUUUAGAAAUUGGUUUCAUCUAAAACAAGUUGCAGAUAGCAAACAUGA